AUGAGGCCAGCACUGGCCGUGCUGCUGUGGUCAGCCAACAAGGUGUUUGAGGAGCUGACAGACAUCGAGAGGCAAUUCCACAAGGCCUUCUACACCGUGCGGGAAUUCUUUGAUGUGUGGCCUGUGCUGAUGGGAGCAUCCCAGCCGUACUCAGGCCCACGCACGCCAACGGCCACCACUCCACCGGCCGACCACUGGGCCCUGGCCAGCGGCCUUCCGCCCUGCGUGGCAGAAAGUGGCUUUGUGAGUCCCGUGCUGUCUGCGCCGCGGCCCUGCCCUGGCCUGGUGCCUCCCUGCCUGUCUCCCUGUGCCGCAGCCAGCCCUCAGCUGCUGUGCUUUGCCAGCUUCCAAGUUCGCCCCUUGCGAAUUCGUAACUACACGAAUGCCUCCGCUGAUGAAGUGUUCCAAUUUCAGCCAACCAGGGGGCGCCUGGGGAAGGAGCCUGCUGACUGCGAUGAGGACGAGCUCGGGUCGAUCUUGAAGGAAGAGCUGCCGAGGCCCAGGAAGUUUGACAUCUAUGAGUUCCACUUCUCUGACCUGGAGUGCACAGAACUGGAGUUGGUCAAAUGUGGCAUCCAGAUGUACUACGAGCUGGGCGUGGUCCGCAAGUUCCAGAUACCCCAGGAGGUCCUCGUGCGGUUCCUGUUCUCUAUCAGCAAAGGGUUCUGGAGAAUCACCUACCACAACUGGUGCCAUGGCUUCAGUGGCCCAACAAUGUUCCUGUUGCUCAUGACAGGCAAGCUGAAGAGCUACUACAUGGACUUGGAGGCCUUUACCAUGGUGACAGCCAGUCUGUGCCAUGACAUCAACCACCGUGUCACCAACAACCUGUACCAGAUGAAGUCCCAGAAUCCCUUAGCCAAGCUCCGUGGCUCUUCAAUUUUGGAACGGCACCACCUGGGGUUUGGGAAGUUCCUGCUCUCGGAGGAGAGCUUGAACACCUACCAGAACCUGAACCGACGUCAGCACGAGCACAUGAUCCACCUCAUGGACAUCACCAUCAUCGCAACAGACCUGGCGCUCUGUUUCAAGAAGAGGACGAUGUUCCAGAAGAUCGUGGACGAGCCCAAGAACUAUGAGGACAAGAAGAGCUGGGUGCAGUACCUGUCCCUGGAGACAACGCGGAAGGAGAUUGUCAUGGCCAUGAUGAUGACGGCCUGUGACCUGUCUGCCAUCAAGGUUAGUGCUCAAGUUGCUCUUCUGGUGGCCGCUGAGUUCUGGGAACAAGGUGACUUGGAAAGGACAGUCUUGGAUCAGCAGCCCAUUCCUGUGAUGGACAGGAACAAGGCAGCCGAGCUCCCCAAGCUGCAGGUUGGCUCCAUCGACUUCGUGUGCACAUUCGUGUACAAGUGUUUCGCCCGUUUCCACGGAGCGAUCCCGCCGUGUCUGAACGGUGCAGAGCGGCAGGAGGGAGCGGAGGCGCCGGCCGACGAGUGCGAGGCCAAGGCGAAGGCCCUGGAGGAGGAGGAGGAGGAGUGGGCACAGAAAUUUGCAAUGGUGGCCCAGCACCCAAGUCUUCAACCUGCUGCAUCCUGUGAGCACCAGUCCCGUGGGGACCCGAUGGCUCCCACACUCCACUGUGGCAGUUCGGCAAACGAACUCAUUUUACAAACGGAACUGGGGCUCAAGGCCUAG